AUGAAUCAAUUAAAUUGUCGAAAUCCUCAAAUAAACCUAUCUCAUUUGUUAACUUCGAUAUCAAAUUUUUCAUUUUUUGAAGAACUAGUGAACCUUUCUGAAUCAAGUCAAUAUAAUUCAAUAAAACUUAAUCUACUGCAACAUGAAACAUUCAAAAUAAAUAAAAUACUAGAUGAUAUUGAUCUUUAUUUGAACGACGUAAUAAUGGCUUUCAAUAAUAUCAAGGAAGUUUCCAAACAUACUAUAAAUCUACUUGAAUGGUAUUAUGAAGGAAAGAAUGUAUUAGUUGAUUUGUUCAGAAACUUGGAAAGUAUUGACUCCAUUGUCUCAAGAUUGCUACUAUUGGUUGAAUCGUCUGAAGCUGAUAAUGUUGUGAUUCAGUCAUUGAUCAAAAAAUUUGAAGAAGUAAGUGAUAUUUUAUUGGAUGUCAAGAAACUACUGAUUCUGUUAAAGAAAAACUUGGAUCUUUCAAUCAAUUAUAACGAUUUGAUCGAAUCGGUAAUAAGGCUGUUAAGAAAUGAGAUUGAAGACUGUAUCAAGUCAAUUGAAAAAUUGAAAGAUUAUAAUUUAUCAAGUCCAAGGAAAACUUUACCGAAAUAUAAUUUGAAUGAUAUUAUCACUAAAAUGAAGAUCAACGAUUUUAAUGACAAUAGUAGUAAUUCAAUUAAAUCAUUAAAGCUACCCACAUUUAACGAUUUGGAUGAAAAAAUAUAUGAAGAAUAUUUGAUGAUCGAAGCCAAAAUCCAGCCAUUAAAAAUUUCACUAGAUAUCGUGCCUCAAAAAGUUGAAGAGUUCAUUGCAUUAUGUUCACACAAUUCUUCUUUUCAAGUUUCAAGAGAACAAGUGUUAUCAAACUAUGAAGCAUUAUUGGAUAAAUGGAAGUUGCUAAGUAAUCAGCUGUUAAAAUUAAAAAUUGAAAAAAUCGAUUCCAAAUGGAAUGAUAUUUUUAGGUAUUUGGUUAAACAAAUUGAACUGGAAAGUGAUGAUUUGAUUGAUGUUUUAACUUUUUGUGAUUCUGCUAACACCGAUGGAAAUUCCGUCGUUAGUGACGAUAUUGGAUCAAGAUACAAAAUUUGUUUAAAUUCUAUUCGUUUAAUUGAAAGCGCCAUCAUGGAAAAUAUUAUUACUGAUAGCGAUAUUCGGAAUUUGUAUAACAGAACUUUGCAACCGAAAUGGGUGGAAGUGAAUGAUUUGAUAUCAAGAUCAAAGAGUGAACAAAAUAUUUCAUUCCUUCAAAAACAAAGAAAAGAACUGAAUAAUAAAAAGAGUCAUUCCAAAGGUUUAAGAUCAUUUCAUACUAUAUCAAGAAGUUCAGGUCAUGAAAACUCUGAUAGGCCAUUAAGCAACGGCUUGGGAAUUGAUUUUAAUGUUGAUGUCAAAUCUGUUACACUACCGUUGAGUAUACAAAAUAAGGAGAAAGUCAAAGAUAUAUUUUUAGGAAAACCGAAACCUACCGGUAGAAGUUUGAAGAACUCAUUAAUUAAUGUAUUUGACGAACUUAGUAUUGACGUUAAGGAUACUGAAGAUGAGGAGAAAACUUUGGUCAAAAGUCCAGAUCUAAAAAUUGAAAAUCCUAAUGAUCAUAAAUUACAAGCACCUAUAUCGUUCAGAAAAGCAACAUGUUCAAGAUCCGUAUCAUUCGAUUUCAAUGGUUAUUUCAACAAUAUUUUAAAUUCAAGUAUUAGACAACCAUCAAAAUUACCAAGAAUGAAAUCCAAUUAUUUAGCUAAGGGCUAUCCUAAAAUUAUUAAACGUAAUGGUCAUACUAGAAUCCCCGAAAUUUGUUCGAAUCAUCCCAUUUUUCAAUCACCAUGUAAACUCAGACUUUCAAAAUUUUCAACUCCAAGGACGAACAACUUAGAUAUCUCACCUGAAAAACAAUUUCGUGCAUCAUCAACUAUAGAAAGUCAUCAUCAUCGAAAUGAUCCAUUUCUACUAAGUAAGACUAGAUCAAGGGCAAGUAGUUCAACAACAACAGUAAUUGGGCGACCGAAUUCUUUAUUAAAUGAAAUGAAAAUUCCAAACUUGACUUUUUCGAGAAGAUUGAGUUAUAAUUGUACUUCACCUGAAAGACCAGUUUCUUCGUUGGGAUCAAGAUUUGAUGAUGAAAAUCUUUUAAAAUCUUUGGAUGAGAAUCGACCUGCUUGGAGGUGA